AUAUUUUAAAAGCCCGUUUGGUUUGGCUUAUUUCAAGUUAAGUUAAAAUAGCUUUUAAGUUACUUUAUUGUAUUUAAAUAAAGUAAAAAAGUGUUUAAACACUUGUUUUUAAACUAAAAUGUCAAAAUCAAACAUCAAAAGUUAAAAUUCAUAACUUACCAUUUUGACUUAAAAAUUAGUUACAUCAAGCCCUUCAGAACGGGCUCUAAUAUAGAGUUAAACUCUAUGUAAAAAAGGAGAGCGAGAGAAUAUAGUCCAAUAUUAAGAGUGACCUUAUUUUUACUAAAGUAAAACACAUGACUGAAAUUGAAAGAUACAAAUGAUGAUGGAAUUGUAAUUCUUGAAUCUAAUUCAACAUGCCAUUUAGACACUCCAACAAAGCUAUUAGUGUUUUAUCAAAAUCAUGACCGAGUCAAUUCUAGGUUUUUUUCCCUUAACGUGAAGAAUUGGAGAGUUUUAAUUUUAUUUUGACUUGGACGAGCUUUCCAAAUAAGGAAACAAGAACCGGGCCGGUGAUAUAACCGCCAAAGAAAUCCAGUAAAAUCUGCCGGAUUUAACAAUUGACCCGAUUUGAAAUCGUCUCUUCCCCUAUGGACUCGAGAUUUAAGCGAAUUGUCAAUGCUGUAGUCGGGAAAUCAUGUCCAAUAUGCCUGAGCCGGUUACACCAUCGGAAAGCAGCGGUUAUUAUCCCAUGUAUGCACGCCUACUGCAUCGACUGCAUCCGCAGAUGGAGCCAUAUGAAGCGAAAAUGCCCUCUCUGCAACUCCGACUUUGAUUCAUGGUUCUCUAGAAUCAGUUUCUCCUCCGGGACCUUUAAGAAAGAGAAAUUAUCAGCUCGUAACGAGACUAAGAAAUUACACUUAGGGUUUGCCUCAUCUAGGCCGAAAGAUCGAUUGGUGGACCAAAGGAGAAGGAGAGACGAGCUGAAUGCUUUUGGCUCCAGAACGAGGCCGUUCCCAAGGCGGCGAUCCUUUGAUCAGAUUGGAGCUUCAAAUUCAGAUGAUAUUAACAGGAGAAUAAUUCACUGGCGUGCCAGUAUAUAUGAAGAGAGAUUGCAGGCUGUUCGGUUUUCAUCCAAAUAUUGUCUUGUGCAGCGCAUGGAUAAUAGGAGUGCCAAAGAAAAGAUGUUACAGAGAAUAGAACCUUGGAUAGGAAGGGAGCUGCAGGCUAUACUGGGGGAUCCAGAUCCGUCCAUUAUCGUCCAUGUUGUUACCUCACUUUUUAUCUCCGAAAAUACACAUUCAACACAACAGUAUGCCGGAGAUGAUUUUCUUGCGCCGUUGCGACCCUUCUUGCAUGAACAUGCUGAAAUGUUUUGGCAUGAACUGAGGUGCUUUGCAGAAAGCCCUUUGUCUAUGCAAACAUAUGAUAUUGUGGUGGAGUACAAGCCCUUGGACUAAUUCAGUAGUACCAGUCAUUGAUACAUUGGCUGCAAUCCUAGAGUAACAAUGGAUUGAGAUGGAUAAAGGUUGAGAUGCAGCACAGUCAUCUGACAAUGGCUAUAAUGAUGUUGUUGGAAUCUGAAUUCUUGUGGCGAAUGGAAGAGCAAGCCAUCAAUUUUUCUUCCUCAAGAACCAGCUAGAUUUGUUGAAGAGAGCCCAUUAUGCGCUGUUCCUUGGUGGAUAAGCAUGGAAUCUUGCAGCCUUGGCUUUGUGUAGGCAGGGAUAGCAUUUCUGUUCUGCAUAUUCAUGUGAUUUGUGAAGUCAAAGACAUGAAGAAAAACAUCACACCUGUGUGAUUAGCAAUCCUGCCCAUUAAUAUGAGAGGCUGGAGAAAUUUGAAAUGCCAAAAUUAGAUUUCUGCAGUGUUUGAUCCAAGUGUCAUUGGUGUUCAUCUCUUUGGAGCUUAUAAGGCUUUCGUCUGUUGCUGUUACAUGGGGCUCAGUCUGAAGAGAUAUUGGCAAUAUUUUGAUCGUGCCCCCAAAUGAGUAGUCUUCAAUGUCUUAUUUGUUUAACUGCCACAAGGCUAUUGCGUUCUGCAUCUGCCUUUGGUGCACACUCAAGUUUCAGAAGUAAGGGUAGGCAGUGUGGAGCUAGUAUUCCCAGAUUUUCCAUCAUUCGUAAGUUCUCAUUUGAAAGAGAAAAGACCUUCUGUGGUAGUUCACCGUGGCCGAUAAAAGGUGGCUUUUCAAACAGAAAUUGUAGAGGGUGGGACUCUUUUGUGAAAUGCUCAUUGUUGGAGAGGUGUUAACGGGAGAUAAAGUAAAUACAAUCUCAAAUAAAACAAAUUUUAAACUUGUUGCAAAAUUGAUACUGAUAAUUUUGUGUAAUUAAUACAUUGUUUAGUUUUCUAUA